CAUAUUAAAGAAAAAGUCCGCCAUUACUUUAAAGCAUUCUGAGCAUAGUGAGAUUUUAUCGCGUGUUUAAAGAAAAAUAUACAAUUUUCGAGUAAUUAUCACAUUCGUAAUUUAAAAACGAGUUUAAAAUCAAAUUUCCAAUGUCUCGCAAUGAAAGCCGCAUUUACGUGGGAAAUUUACCACCAGAUAUUCGCACAAAGGAUAUUCAGGAUUUGUUUCACAAAUUUGGUAAAGUUUCAUUUGUCGACUUGAAAAAUAGGCGAGGUCCGCCAUUUGCAUUUGUGGAGUUCGAGGAUGCUCGCGAUGCUGAAGAUGCCGUGAAGGCUCGUGAUGGAUAUGACUAUGAUGGCUAUAGACUACGGGUGGAAUUUCCACGCGGAGGUGGACCAGGCAGCUUCCGUGGUAAUCGAAACGACCGCAGCCGUAAUGAUGGGGGUCGCGGUGGCGGCGGAGGUGGUGGACGUGGGCCACCUACUAAACGCUCACAAUACCGGGUUUUAGUUACUGGACUACCAUCUUCGGGCUCAUGGCAAGAUUUGAAGGAUCACAUGCGAGAAGCUGGUGAUGUGUGCUUUGCUGACGCGUACAAAGACGGUACAGGCGUUGUUGAAUUUUUGCGGAAUGAGGAUAUGAAAUAUGCCAUUAAGAAAUUGGAUGACUCGCGCUUCAGGUCACAUGAGGGAGAAGUUUCAUAUAUACGAGUGCGCGAAGAUUCCGGAGAAGGCGAUCGUGGCGGCCGCGAAAACCGCGCUGAGAGAUCGCGUUCCUUUUCACCACGUGGACGUCGUCGUGGUUCUCCUACAUAUUCCCCUGUUCGACGUUCAUAUUCCAGGUCAAGAUCUCGCUCCCGUUCAAAUUUUUAAACUAUGCAACAAAGAUAAUCCCAUAUGAAGUAGAGUAGAGUACAUCACCGAAAAAGGCAAUAAGAGUUUUUCAUGCCCAAAUAUAAUUUACUGUGGAUUUUAACGUAUUUUAAGGCAAGCAUGACUUGAUCCAAAACAUUCUAUAUUUAAUAUUUAGGGAUAUUCUUUACUAUUUUUAAGCUUUGGGUUUACAGAAAAAUUUUUAUAAAGAAUUAAACAAUUCCAAUAUUUGGGAAAGUUCUUUGCAGUUUAACGAUAUCUUCAUUUGCAUCUACUUUAAUUUGAAAUAAACUUAAAGCAGGUGCAAAUGCCUCUAAUUUUACAUACACUAACGCCACAAAAGUAAAUUUCGCUUAAGUUUUAUACAAGAAAAUAAAACAUAUAUCGUACUAAUAAAUAACAUUUUUUUCUCUCCGCUCUAUUCACGUUUAAUGGACUGGAUGGAAUGGAUUGGAAUUUGGGAGUAUUAAGCAUAUGGAUGAAUUCAGGAUUAUAUGGAUUUUUGGAUACAAAAAUGGAUUUCAGGAAAUAUUAAGAAAGGAUUUUUAAAGGUUAUCUACUACAAAUACGGACGAAAGUGAAUGUUACUUGAAAUGGAUAGGACAAUGCGUGAUAUACAAAUACUUACUAGGCUGGCAGGGAUACUCGUAAAAUACCAGAUUGUAGUUUGUAACACAGGAAAUUUGUCACAAUUCAGCUGGAGCAGCCAUACGAAGUUGGACUCGGUUGAUAACGAAAACUUUUUAAUUUGUUUAAUAAUACAUCAAACAUAGACUGGGUGUGACAGAAGCAUUUGGAUUAGUAGGAAAGGAAAAAAGAUGAAACCACGAGGGAGGAACUAGAUUUUUUCGGAUGACAGGGACGUUCAAAUCCCCAUAAGCAAUGAAUGUGUAAAAUACUACUGCUGGAUUUAAAUUUCUAACUUCUAAAGCGCUCUUUCAAGGGCAGUAGAAAUUCUGGACUAGAACAUUAACUUACUUUAAAUUUUCCCCCCAAACGUGGAUACACCACAAUACGUUUUGGAUGUCUUAUCACAGUAGCGUAACGUUCGGCCAACAUCUUUGUAAUUUUCCGGACAUUAAAUAGCUUCAUUUUAUACCUCCGGAUUUAAAGGCAAUAUCUCGAGGAAGCGUUCAUAACUCAGAACUUUGUUUUCUCGCAACACAACAUUCCGCAUUUGAAUGGACAGAAUCAUACUUUAAUGACUUGGACUAUUCUGGUAAAUAUGGUUGACUUUAAUUAAGAAUCGUUAUAUUCCUUUCAUUAACCAUUGUUUCUUUUCAAAUUGAGUUUCAACUAGAAAAUAUUCAAAAUGUUACCCAUACAAUUGUAUACAUCAACACACGUUGGCUGGAGGCUUUUAAAUAUUUGCAUUAUGAAAUGAUAUUUUAAAUAUUUAUAGUAUUUUGUGCACUUGUUUUUUAUAGAUUUUCUAAUAUACAAGGAUUGCCAUAUAAGGACGCCAUGAAGAUACAACCAUUUCAUAAUUAUUGUUGUGCGCUUCAGAUUGGAGCGUGCUCGAUUUGAAGAUACUUUAUUUCCAUUUUAACCCACAACUUGGAUUGGGAGUCCAUUGAAAAAGGAUCCGGAGCAUCAGCUAAUGUGAAAUAUUUAGCUUAUGAGAGUAAGUGAUUUUUUUUGGUACACGAACCACUUUCAGCAGUACCGGCCAAAGUCAGUACUAUGUUGUUGAAGGUACUUACUUUUCUUAGCUUUUAUUUUAUUAUUAUUAGAACAUUUAAUGUAAUAAUCACUUUAUAUUGCACUGCGUAUAUAUGCAAAUGCGC